AUGGUAUAGUCAAAUGAGCCUUUCUGAGAGUACUUCAAAUUGCAUUCUUCUGCACUUUUUUCUUCCCCUUAACAUCGUGCCAACCCAAAAGGAGCUUACAAAGAUGGAAGUAAAGAACAAGUAUGUAUCAAUAAAAACCAACAUAAAUGGUGCACCACAAGAGUCUGACUUUGAGAUAAAAGUCGAAAACCUCACCCUUACAAUUGAGCCAGAAUCUAAAGACGUUAUCAUCAAGAAUCUGUUUGUAUCAAUUGAUCCAUAUCAACUAAACCGGAUGAAGAGCGAAAGCUCGUCACAAGCAGCCAUAAGUUUUGCAAGUGCCAUUACUCCUGGAGAGGCCAUUGACACUUAUGGUGUAGGAAGAGUGUUGGUUUCUCAUCGACCCGACUUCAAGAAAGAUGACUUGGUAGCAGGGCUACUUACCUGGGGAGAGUACACUAGAGCAAAAGAAGGUUCCUUGUUGAAUAAGUUGGAUCCUCUUGGCUUUCCUUUGUCUUACCAUGUCGGAGUUUUCGGAUUCAGUGGACUUUCUGCCUAUGGUGGAUUCUUUGAAGUGUGUAAGCCGAAGCCAGGGGAGAAUGUUUUCGUGUCUGCUGCUUCAGGUUCAAUAGGGAAUUUAGUAGGACAGUACGCUAAAUUACUCGGAUGCUAUGUUGUUGGCUCUGCUGGUAGCCAAGAAAAGGUAAAGUUGCUUAAAGAUACACUUGGCUUCGACGAUGCAUUCAAUUAUAAAGAAGAAACUGACCUUAAAUUGACUUUGAAAGCACGUUUCCCUCAAGGGAUUGAUGUCUACUUUGACAACGUGGGAGGCAAAAUGCUAGAAGCAGCAGUCGCAAACAUGAACUCAUUUGGCAGAGUAGCCAUUUGUGGGGUUAUUUCUGAGUACACGAAUGCCAACACACGAGCUGCCCCGGAGAUGUUGGAUGUAGUCUACAAGAGGAUUACUAUUCAAGGAUUCUUAGCAGCUGAUCUCAUGAAAGUGUAUGCAGAUUUCCUGUCGAAAACAGUUGAGUAUCUCCGAGCCGGAAAACUUAAGGCCAUUGAAGAUGUCUCACAAGGUGUUGAAAGCAUUCCCUCUGCUUUUAUUGGACUGUUCAAUGGUGAUAAUAUAGGCAAAAAGAUUGUCAAAGUCGCAGAUGAGUAAAAAAAAAAAAAGGGGUCACGAACUUACUUCCAAAU